AUGGCCUUAGAGGCAGUUUGUGGUCUUAAUAAAAUUCCCUGUAUGAUGCGCUUUGAUGCACAUCUAAAAGAAUGGGAUCUGCAACAGCUUCAGAUAGACACCAGUAACUUCAGAAAUCCUUACAGUCUAAUGGCACCACCUUUUGAAAAUCCCGCUGUGAAUCUGCCCAAGAUUCUGGAGCACGCUAAGCUGCAAAUGGAGUUCCAACAUGGCACCACAACGUUGGGUUUCAAGUAUAAAGGAGGCGUGAUCCUGUGUGCCGAUUCGCGGGCUACUUCCGGUCAAUAUAUUGGCUCACAGAGCAUGAAAAAGAUUGUGGAGCUGACCAGCUAUAUGCUCGGCACCUUGGCCGGCGGUGCUGCCGACUGCGUCUACUGGGAUCGUGUCCUGGCCCGCGAGUGUCGGCUGCACGAGCUGCGCUACAAGAAGAGAAUAUCUGUGGAUGCUGCGGCAAGAAUAAUGUGCAACAUAUCCGCAGAGUACAAGGGCAUGGGUCUUGUCAUGGGCAUGAUUCUUGCCGGCUGCGAUGACGAGGGCUGCAAGCUUAUCUACGUGGACUCCGAGGGCAUGCGAUCGCAUGGCAGUGUCUUCUCAGUGGGCAGCGGUUCCACCUACGCCUUGGGCGUCCUGGACACCGGCUACCGAUGGGAUCUGACUGACGAGGAGGCCUACGAUUUGGCACGUCGCGCAAUUUAUCAUGCCACCAGCAAAGAUGCCUAUUCAGGUGGCAUUGUUCGACUUUAUCACAUCAACGACAAGGGCUGGAAGAACAUUUGCAACACGGACUGUAACGAACUGCACGACAUCUUUUGCAAGGAGUCAAACAACAGUGAAGGCCAUGCGAAUAUGCCUUGCACGAGUCGGGCUUGGAUCGAGCAGAAGCAGAAACAGGAUAAUGUGCAGGCUCAGGUGGCAGCUGUGACUAUGGAAAAGGCCCUUUCCUAAACUAUUCGUUAAUUAAUUAAUUCUAGUCUAUUGAUCAG